AUGGUACCAUCUGAUUGUGUACCUUCGAAUUUAAAAAACAACCGAUAUCUACAACUAGCUCCUUUAAAUUUACCUUCAACUAUUGACAACUCAACAAAAUCAUUACCAGUCACAACAAUCCUAACUCCAAUGUCACCAAAAUCUUUUACUUCCAAUGGGUCAUCAGCUUUAACAUCACCUGGUCAAAUACAUUUUCUUUAUCCAAAUGUGUCUCCUCUUUCGAGACAACUAACACCGAGUAGUGAUGAAUCGAGGUCAUUAAAACAAGAAGAAAUCAAUCAAAAUUUAAUUGAUUUCAGUGUUGAUGAUGAAGUAUCUGCUGUUGAUGCAUUCGAUCCAUUCAGACAACCUAAACAGUCACCAGUGUUGCCAUCUAAAUUAGAUGAAGUCAUUCCAAAUGUACCUGAUGUUGUGGUAUCAAACACCAACACAGUAGUAACACCAGCAGCAUCAACUGCUUGUUUCUUGUUACCAUAUCCAAUUAAAUUACGAUUAAAAUUAGCAGCAUGUUCUGAAUUAAAACCAAUUAGUCGAUUUGUUGAACAGAUUCGUAAAGAACAUCAGUCACAACAGACAUCAACAGAUGGAAUAUAUUAUUGUAAACGUGUUCAACAUUUAACAUCGCAACACAUCAAACAAAAUAAAUUACCUGUUACAUUAUAUGUAUUUACUGAUAGAUCAAAAGAACCAAUAUGUUUAACAAAUUUAAGUACUCAAUCCACAGUUGCACAUAUUUUAUAUCAAGUACUUGAAUUGAUUUCAUUUGAUUAUGAUCAAUCAAUACUUAAAUUACGUUCAUGUGAAGAAUAUUUACGACAUGAUGAUGUUUUAUUUGAUAUUGAAUAUGUUUAUAAUUGUAUUACUUCAUUGAAACAACUUCAAUUUGAAUUGGUUAAAAAACCAAUUUGUACAGUUCAACAAAAACAAGAUAAUAUAAGUUUUGAACAAUUUUGUUUAAAUCAACGAGAAAAAUAUUUUCAAAUAAUGAAACAAAUAAAACCAUCACAAUCUACAAAAUCAUUAAAUAAAAAUAAACAAAAAAAAUCUCUGGAUCAAACUCGUUCAUUUCCAUCGUCAAAUCCUCGAUGGUUAGAAGAAUUUCGUCAAAAUAUUAAUUCAACACUCGAACAAAUUGAACAACGUUUUAAUCGUUUAAUUAAUCCAAAUUCACCUGAAUUAUCAAUAAAUGAACAAAUAAAAUUAAUUCAAGAAUUAAUAGGUUAUAAUAAAACUAUUCAAAAUACAUGUUUAGAUAUUCAAUCACCAUUAUUUAUUGAGAAACAACGUGAAUUAAAACUUUAUACUGCUCAAUUAAUAAAGCAAUCACAAAAUGAAAAUAAACAAAUAUUAACUUCACAAACGUCUGAAAAUUUAGUACGAUUACUCUUUGAUUUACUUCUUACACUUAUGACAUACAUUCAAACAUAUUGUCAAGCAUUCUUAAUUCCUUAUGAAGUAGAGAUUUAUAACGAUGACAAUAAAUCAAUUGAUAUCGAACAAGUUAAAUCUCUGUCAACCAUAACAAUUCCUAAACCAUGUUCAAUAACUAAUUCAUCAGAAUUCUUUAGUGUUCACAUCGAUAGUCUUUUUUCUUUACCAUUAAACAUUAAAACAGUUCGUAUUGUUGCUCAUCUUUGUUAUGGAAAUGAAACAAAAGCAAAACAAAUGACAAGAUUAAUGUCAUUUAUACGUAAUAGUUAUCAAGAAAGUUCUUUACAAAUUCAUUUUGAUCAACGACUUAUAUUUGAUGAUAUACAUCUAUGUGGAUUACAACGUGAAGCAUUACUUUUAUUUGAAAUUUAUGCUGCUUUUAUUGAUGACACUGAUUCAUCAUUAUCUUCAUUAGUUUACAACGUUUCGGAUGGAAUUACAAUGAGUCUCAUUGGUUGGUGUUCACAAUCAUUGUUUGAUCAUGAACAUAAUCUUAUUAGUGGUGAAUAUUAUUUAGGUAUAAUUGAUGCUGCAACAACAAAUCGAACAGGUUUUUAUUCAUUGAGAAAUGUUUUGGAUUAUGAUUGUCCAAUAUUAACUAUAACAUUUCCUCAUCAAUCAUUUUAUUUACCAAAUAUUCAUACUAGAAAUGAUAUAUGUGCUAGAAAUUUCACUGAAAUAACACGAGAUAAACAAGAAUAUUUAUGCCGAUUACUUGAUCGACCAAAUUUAUUAUUAAAUGAUCAUAGUCUAAUGAUAACAAAUGAGACUUCUUUGGAUAAUCGAAAGCAACAAUUAUCAUCAAAUAUGUCAGAUAAAGGUAUGCUAAACGAAACAUAA